AAAAAUGGAAUUAAAUAUUUUUCUAUAAAUAUGGCAAGUUAAUCAGUUUUGAUCAGAAAGCAAAAAAUGAAGUUUUGUCUCUGCUUUCUACUACUUGGUGUUUUCACCACAACUAUGGCCCAGUACUUUGGUGGCAACAGAGGGCAUGAAGCAUUUACUUCGCCACCAUACAACCCCUAUUCUGAUGAUGGCCAAGACCAUUUCUUUCCCCGAAAAGCCCGUGGCGGCAGAAGACAUGAGAUAUUCACCUCGCCACCAUUUUUUCCGUAUCCUGAUUACGACCCCGCCAGAUACGACAUUAUUGGGGACAUACCACCGUUCUAUUCCCGAAAAAGUGACCUGUUUUCCCGUGAUGGCCGUAGUUUUACCUCCCCUCCAUUUUACUCGAAUCCCGACAAAAACUAUGGUUACUCCAAAAACAGGCGCGUUCGUGAUUUGAACUCGCCGCCAAUUAAUCCCCGAAAAGCCGAUCGCAAAGGCCAUGCUCGUACCAUCACGCCACCGUUCUACUCAUAUCCUGACCGCGAAAAUAACUAUGGCUUUCGUGGCUUUGGUUUGAACAUGCCGCCGAUUUUCCCUCGAAAAGUCUUACAGCUUUCUGACGAUUAACCUGCUACUGCGAAGCCCAGAGCAAGUGGUACACCAGAAGCUGGAAGAAAAUAAACUGCACCAAAAUAAAUUUCUUAAACAUUAGAAAACAGAUAAUAAAUAAAAAAAUAUAACUUUA